AGCCACCAACCGUCUAUGGUUAUGUACCACAAUCUCUAAAUCUUUCACUUUAUAAGUCUUGCGUAUAUACGAGAUGCAUAGUUCUAGGCCCGUGGAACCUGAUUUCCCUUCCCCUGGGACGUUUGUCUCGUCCAUUAAAGAGUCUUGCCGGACUGUGACAGCGACCGCACAUAUCAAGGUCGAAGCUGCCGCUAUCAAGCGUCUCCUAGAAUCUCCAUCUUUUCGAUCCUCAUUUCAUCGUGUCUCAAGCUCUCAUGGGCUCGCAUUCCCCCUCAAGUUCCCCUCGAUCUUAUCAGAGCUAAACUUCCUGUCUGUUCUCUCUCUCCUCAACUUCGCUUCUGGCUAUCGAGUGCCACUUCACGAACAAACAGGACGAGGAGCUUGGGAUAAUAUACGGGCAUUCACGUUCUCUCUUUAUCUGUCUUCUGCAACAGGGCAGGGAGAUUUACUUUCUGCGAAAGGCAUGAAGACAAUGAGUGAACAGCAAGUCGCACAACAUAUGGGUGUCACGAUCCACGUCGAACGGCCUCAUGAAAAGAUCUCCGGUGUCACGGUUGGCGAACUUGGCGGACCGAUGUAUGAGUUAGUGAAACUGAUCAGCUCAACUCUCACCGAGACGGGUCAAAUCCUGGAGGCUUCAGGCUAUUCAGAUUUAGGGAGCCUUGUUUUGGAGAGCUUGAAGGAAGGGGCAAAAGCAGAUCCUAACGCAAGUCUUGGAAUUGUGCUUGAGAGGCUCGUCAGAGCUAUUCCAGCUUUCCGCGACAUGGCGGUUGUCAACGGGAAACCGGUGUACUGCUUCAAAAAGGCACUUUUUCUGAUCCAUGCAGUAAAGAUUCGUUUUGGUUCUUCCCCUUCGCCACCAUUUCCCAUCCCCAGCACAGCUCAGGCACCGGUUUUCACCGAUAAUGUUUUGCCGUCCCUUUUGGUCCAUUUGGGAGUUUUGGACCUGAGCGGCGCAACAUCUCACGAACUUCAUAAAUUGUUUCCUGGUGCCGAGAGCGAAGAUAAGAUUAACGCACUCCUGGCUUUGCCUCCUGAGGUUUCACAGGUGGUUGCGCGAGAUACCAAGAAAACACCCCCGAAGGAUGGUCCUGUACUCACGAAGGAGCAGGCCUAUAUUUUGCGUGCGGCUGCGGUACAUGCUUGCGAGAAAAUAGUCGAGUAUGCGAGGGGCGAGGGACAACUCAGUGAAGAGCAAAAAUGGCUGAAAGAUAUUACAUUGCCUGAACUAGAUAUCUGGUUGUGGGCCGUAGCCAAAGACCGACCAGAUUACAGAAAGCUGGAGAGAUUUGUCUUGCGGGGUACAGUAUUCUUUUAGUUGCUUCUUUAACUUAGAAGCAUGACGACCCACUUGGUUACUAUGGCACUAUGACAAAUACCCAGACGUCGGAAUCAGAGAUUAAUAAUGGAUGGAAGACCAGGGAGCUUCUGGAGACUUAGAACUCGUGUGUGUUCGUGUGUAUCG